ACACGAAGUUAGCUCAAUGUUUAUAAAUCUUUAAAAAUUAAAAAAAUCGAAUUCUUCAAUAAUCCUGACUUUUAAGUUAUUUUAAAAGAAGAAAAUAAUAAACUAAUCAUGGGUCGUCGUUCAAUAAAUACCACGAAGAGUGGAAAGUUCAUGAAUCCAACAGAUCAAGCAAGAAAAGAAGCACGAAAAAAAGAGUUGAAGAAGAAUAAAAAGCAGAGACAAAUGGUACGUCAGGCUGUUCUCAAAAAUAAAGAUCCUUUGCAGUUACUUGAAGAAAUGGAAGGAAUUGACGAAAUGGAGUACAACGUUCUCCAGCCAUCACCACUCAAUGAAAAAGUACUCAAAGAGAAAAGAAAAAAAUUGAAGGAAACGUUUGAUCGUGUCAUGCGAUUAAUGCAGGAAGAAGAGCCUGAGCAGUGGUCAGAAUACAAGAGGAAGGAAGUUGAAUAUGAAAAGCGUCGUUAUAAGCGAGUUCAAUAUUAUGAAAGUGUUCGUCAUGCAGAAAUGGUUUCUAUCGAAGAUAUUCCUUUACCCACAUCAACUAAUGAGAAACCUUUACCGGCAACAAUUCCACCACCAAAAAUUAAUAUUCCGCCGCCAAUCUUAUUAACAAAUGUCCCACCACCGAGUUCACUUAAGAGAUCAGAGGACUCGGGAAACGAUCCAAAUGAAAGUAAAGAAAAGGAGCCACCUGGCGUUCCUCCAUAUUUGCCUCCAGACCUCUUUGAAAUGUCUGAAUUGGAUUCUGACUAUGAAAGUGAUGAGAAGGAGUCACAAAGUGAAGAAGAACAAGAAAAUACGAAGGAAGAUUAUCAUAAAGAUAAACAUGAUAAGAACAUUGAAGAUUUCAUUAAAGAAGUUGAAUCAGCUGCAUUAAAGAAGAAGGAAGAAGACAAAGCAAAUGAGAUUAUUCGAGUCGAUCCAACACCUGAUGUUGAAAUGGAGGAAAGCGUUGAACGACCUUCAGUAGAACCGGAAAAGCCUUUACAUCCAACUCCUGAGUUUAUAAUUCCAAAGCCUCAAGAAAUGAUUCCGCUUCCACAACCAAUCGCCUUCCCAAGAAUCCCACAUCCAUUGAUGUUCCGACCACCGCCAAGAGGAGGAAUGCCAAUGGGAAUUAGAAUGCCACCUGGACCACCACCACGACCACCUGGUGUUGGAAUGCCUCGAAUGGGAAUACGAAUGGCUCCUGGCCCACCUUCUGGGCCUCCACCACGUCACAAGCAACAUCAUCACCAUCACGAUAGAAAUGCACCACAAAAAGAUCCAAAAAGUGCAACAAUCACAGCAAAACCUCAAAUUAGAAAUCUUUCUGCUGACGUAACUAGAUUUGUUCCUGCUACAUUGCGUGUUAAGAGGGACGAACCAAAGAGAACAAAACCAAAAUCUUACAUACCAGAGACGCAACGACAGAACUUUUCAACUCAACGUCGUCAGCAGCAACCAACUAAAGAUGAUGCUUAUGCUGCAUUUAUGAGCGAACUCCAAGAUCUCUUAUAAAUAUUUAAAAUUUCGCUUUAAAUUUGUUCAUGAAUAUUCUCAAGAAAUUAAAAUAGAAAUAAAAGUUUGAAAUAUUAACGGUCAAAAAUAAUUUGAAUAUAUUUACUUGCAUACCCACUUACAUAGUUUAAC